AUGAAAAAUAGAGUUAAAAAUCUUUGUAUCAACAUUGCUGAAAAAUAUAUAGAGAAUUCUUCUCACACUGAGUUAUCAGUAGAUAAUGUAGACGAUGAAGACUUUUUGAUAUUUUCUUCUCAGGAACAAUGUUUUGAUUCUAGGGCUAAUUUAGAAGUAGUUCAGUUUUUUAAUAAUAAAAAUAAGGCAUUAACAUGUUUAGACAGUUACCCUAUUAUAAAAAAAUUAUUCAUCAGAUACAAUACAAGUUUACUAUCAUCAGCUCCAGUUGAAAGAUUGUUUUCAUUUGCUGGAUUUAUUCAUGCUCCAAAUAGAAGUAAUUUAUCGAACACUAAUUUCGAAAAACUUGUAUUUCUUAAAGGAAAUGAUAUUUAUAGGUAA